AUGAAUGCGGUGGCUUCAAGAGUGAGGGGUUUCACAAGAAUGAAUCCUUCGAAGUUUCAUGGUUCUAAAGUUGAGAAAGAUCCUCAAGAAUAUAUUAAUGAGGUCUAUAAGAUUUUGAUGAUCAUGGGAGUUAGGCCAGUGGAAAAGGAGGAGUUGGUCACUUAUCAACUAAAAGGUUCCUCCAAUGCUCCUCCUAAGUUCAACAAAGAUAGGGUGUCCAACCCUAAGGCUCAAGGAGGGAAUGGUAGUGGAUCUUCAUUGCCUAUAUCUAAUUGUACUAUGUGUGGAAGAAAGCACGAUGUUAGAGUGAGAGAUGUAGAUUUCGAAAUCCAUUCUCUCGAGUCGGUCCCCAUUGUUAAUGAGUUUUCGAAAGUGUUCCCAGAUGAUCUACUUAAUAUUCCUCCCGAGUGGGAUUUAGACUUCGGUAUUGACCUUAUCCCAGACACGCAACCUAUUUCUAUUCCUCCUUACCGUAUGGCUCCGACAGAACGUAAAGAGUUGAAAGAACAAUUGAAAGAUUUGUUGGAUAGGGGUUUCAUCCGACUGAGUAUCUCUAUAUGGGGUGCUCCAGGUUUGUUUGUUAGAAAGAAAGAUGGGUCUCUUCGUGUGCGUAUUAACUAUCGUCAGUUGAACAAGGCUAUGAAUACAAGAAGGGUGAAUGCAAGGAGGAUGGAAGCGGAAAAUGUGAAUGAGGGAGUUCCUCCCCAUGCUCCCCAAGGUCCUCAAGCUCCUAUUGGUGAGGGGGCUAUGACAAAUGUGAAGAUAAGGACGACUCUUCAAACAUUAACUCAAGCCAUGACAACUCAAGCUCAAGCUUUGACAACCCAAGACAGCUGA